AUGGCAAAUAACAGCUCAUUAGUUGUUGGUGAGUCUUUGCUGCGGCAGAUUAAUUAUCAGGUCAUUAUUGUGCAGAUUCUGGUGAUAAGUUUUCUUUGUGUCAACUUGUUGCUCAUUGUGACUUUUUUCAGAAAGGAGUGCUUCCACACGACUGCUCGCUACAUCUUAUUUGCUGUUACACUAAUGUCUGAUAGCGUGAUUUUAUUUGUGUCUGAUAUUCUUCUCAUCUUGAGCUAUUUUCGCUUCACAAUGCAGCGUGGCAUGUGCAUUGCUCUGUUUUUCACUGUAUAUCUGUACUUUGUAGUCACACCACUUACUCUGACAGCAAUGACCCUGGAGCGAUAUGUGGCCAUCUGCAUGCCCCUGCGUCAUGCAGAGCUGUGCUCCACACGCAGCACUAUGCAUUUCAUCGUCAUCAUUCACGGCCUCAGCUCUGUACCCAGCAUUGUUAUUCUUGCCAUGAUAUUUUCAUCAGUCUCUAUUAGCUUCUGCAAACAAUUUACAGUAUGUUCCAUAGAGAUGCUGCUUGUUCACGAAUGGCAGGAUCAUCUUAGAUCAGCUAUAAAUCAGUUUUACUUCUUGAUGAUGUGUAUAAUCAUUGUGUUCUCCUAUGUUAAAAUAAUGAAAGUGGCCAAAGCUGCAUCAGGAGAGGAUAAAAAGUCAACAUGGAAAGGGCUCAAAACUGUAAUUCUUCAUGGUUUCCAGCUGCUGCUCAGUCUCAUCCAGCUGUGGUGCCCGUUCAUAGAAAGUACUAUACUUCAAUUUGAUUUCAUGUUAUUUGUUCAAAUCAGGUACUUUAAUUAUGUAAUGUUUAGUCUUGCUCCAAGAUGUCUGAGUCCUCUUAUUUAUGGUCUCAGGGAUGAAAAGUUUUUUCUCGAGCUGAAAAGUUUUGGCUUCUUUGGUUUGUAUAGUAGAAAUUUCUGA